UCCCCUCGGCCCAUCACGCCGUCGACCAACUGGAGUUUCUCGUCAGCUUGUCAGUUAGUGCCGUGGCGCCGUGACGGUACGGUGUUAGUUGGUACGUUGUUCCUUUUCGCGUCGCGUUUCUUCAAUGGGCACCUUGUGGACCCAGUGCGAGAAGAGACGCGGCCACCGAUAGCUAGUGAUAUCACGGUGAUAUCGCCGCGAUCGAGGUGCCCGCCGGUAGUUUUGCAUUUUUCUAAAUGGAUGCUCAUGUAACGUACGUAGAAAAUUGUGUGAAAAAGUUAGCAAUUUGUAAAUAACGUCCCGCCGCGACGAGUGCGCGAGUGAAAAAUUCUCUUUCUUAAAUUUGUAUAUCAAGUGAGGAACACACGAGGAGAUAAGAUCUAUAGAGACCACCGUUGUGAUCGAUGAUAUCUUUGGUGCUCUUUGGUGUGUGCGCGUACGAUUGCUGAUAGUAGAGCAUCCGAGCGGAUAUACGUGAUACAUUGACGCACAAGAAGCGGUUAUGAGAGUUCGAUGACCACGGGCCCGCGGACCAUCGACGCUACCAUGGACUACCUGCAGACGUGCCUCAUCUUUUACCUGCUGAUCCUCUGCUUCUGCGGCGGACGUUCCAUAGACAUAUCACAAUGCAUCGCACCCCUGGGGAUGGAAUCGGGCGCGAUUCCUGACGCGGACAUCAGUGCGAGCUCCAGCUUCGAUAGCGGAAACGUCGGGCCGCAUCGCGCACGGCUGAAGCAGGAGAGCCACGGAGGUGCCUGGUGUCCAAAGCUGCAGAUCACGGCGGAGCCUCGCGAGUGGCUGGAAAUCGAUCUUCACACGGUGCACACGAUCACAGCGACUUGCACUCAAGGCCGCUUCGGUAAUGGUCAGGGUGUCGAAUAUUCGGAGGCGUACAUGCUGGAAUACUGGAGGCCGAAACUGGGAAAAUGGGUCCGCUAUAGAAACCAACGUGGCGAAGAGGUUAUUCAGGGCAACAGAAAUACCUACCUGGAGUCAAAGCACGAACUGGAGCCACCAAUAUGGGCCAGCAAAAUUCGUUUCCUACCCUACAGCUAUCAUCGUCGCACCGUUUGCAUGCGCGUCGAGCUCUACGGCUGCCCUUGGAACGACGGCAUCGUCUCGUACUCGAUGCCCCAAGGUGACAAGCGCAACAAUUGGGAAUUCUUCGACGCGACUUACGAUGGUUAUUGGGACGGACAACUUCUUCGUGGCUUGGGACAACUGACGGACGGCAAGACCGGACCGGACUACCUUAAGAUGAAUGCCUUUGACAACUAUGACAGAAGUCAGGGAUGGGUUGGCUGGAAGAACGACACGAGGUCCGGACAUCCGCUCGAGAUCAAAUUUGAAUUCGACCACGUCAGAGAAUUCUCGGCUGUUCACAUCUUCUGCAGCAACCAAUUCACCAAGGACGUGCAGAUAUUCAAUGAUGUCAGUAUCCUGUUUAGCAUCGGCGGCAGAUAUUACACAGGUGAUCCUAUCAUAUUUUCUUACAUGGAGGAUAGAAUCUUUGAACAAUCGAGAAAUGUCUCGGUUAAGCUACAUCAUCGGAUCGGCAAGUUCGUCAAAUUGAGAUUCACCUUCGCUGCACGAUGGCUUAUGAUCAGCGAAGUCACCUUUGACUCCGACAUCGCUCACGGUAAUUUCACCCCAGAAACGCCACCUACGACUCAAGCUCCGCUAGUACCGAUUAGAACUUCGGGUCGCGACAAUCCGGUGCAAGCCGAAGUUCCGGUAGCUAAGCAGGACGAUCCGACUUACAUGGCUGUGAUCAUUGGCGUCUUGACCGUCGUAAUUCUGUUGCUGGCGGUCGCCAUAUUCCUAAUAGUCACGCGUCACAGACAGCGGAAGAACUUUGCCAGUCCUCUCGGCGCCAAGAGCGCGAUUCCGACGGGCAAUCAUCAACAUCUGUCGCCGGAAUCCGCGUACGGCACCACGGAGAAGGAUCCCUCCUUGAUGACCUACCGGGUCGAGGAACUCGACGACCGGUACGCUGGCACGAAGCUCACGACCCUACCGCGAGAUCUCAAUGAUCGUCUUUUGGGCGACGUCAGGCUCGACGAGUACCAGGAACCCUUUCACGAGAACAAAUAUCGAGACUCCCCUCAUACGGCGUACUACGGAUACAGCACGGUUGUUGUAGACAACAAGGACCUCCAUGACAACGUCGAACAGUCUGAUGCCACUUAUGAUUACGCAGUACCAAUGCCCGUGCCUAGUGUAAGCAGCGACCAGGAUAGCGUAUUCUCGAAAUCGUCCUCCAGAGGUAGCGCAAAGGCGUGCUUGCAGAGCUUUUUUCCGCCACCUCCGCCCCCCAUGAGUGCACCACCUCUUCGAGGCACCAACAACUUGACAUACUCGAAUCCACCGAGUCCGGAACCAGUGUGCGAUCGUGAACGCAGAAGUAGUAAGCGCCGCGAGCACUCUUUGCACAGAUACACGUAAGGACUUCUUGCAAUCCGCAGGAUAUUCAGGAAGGGGAAAGGAUCGAAGGUAUGAUGGAUUCUUCGUUACUACAGAACAACGAGAUUGCGUGACCGAGUGAACCCUCCGACACUGAUUUACCUUCCAAAAAUAUCUGUUCCAUUUCGAGUUCUAACAAGUAUAAAUUUUUACAACAACCGCACCAAGCACCACAUUCAAAAUUUAUAUUUAAAUAGUA